AUGUCGAGGCGAGAGAGCAGAGAUUCAGACCCUAAACGAGAACGUUCUAGAUUCGAUCGAGAAUCCAGCCCCAAGAGAUCAAGAAGAGAUGGAAAGCCUGAAGCAGAGCGAGUUCUGAGUAAGAAGGAUUUGGAUGUUAGAGAUGGUAAUGAGACUGAUAAGAGACCACGACAGUCUCUCAGAGACGCUGCACCACUGGAACCUGAUGCUCUGUGUUUGAGUAAAGACGGUGAAAAGAAGCACUCUGGACAUCAUGAGACGACCAAACAAGCUCCCCAUCUGUCCGAAGGACCUCGUUCUAGACCACACCAUCAGCAUGAUGAUCGUCGUAAUGCUGGGAAAGACGACAGGAGAACAACUUCUGAGAGAGGAUCGUGGAGAGGUUCAAGAGAUCAGAGUAAUCGAGGAGCUCGAGAUGAUGACAAGCCACAGCAUCGUAAAGAAGAAGACAAAAGCACUAGGCGACAUGAUAGGUUCCACGAGAGUGAUGACACCUUCUCUAGGAAAAGACCGGCCUUCAGGAAGAAGACGAUUCCAGAGGAAUCUGGGAAUGACACUGACAGAACAAGAACUGAGGAGGCAAAAGACACAAAUCUAAACGGUCGCGGACGGAACGAGAGAAACUGGAGGAGCAAUUUGCAUUCAGAGAGACAUGAGAGACCAGCCACAGGGAGAGACAGAGUGUGGAACAGAGAUGGUGAAAGAGGUGCCGGAAGCAGACAGAGUUAUCGAGUCGAUAGAGACGGAUUCAGCAGAAAUGGUCGAAGUGGGUUUCAUGGAAGCUGGACAACAAGUGAUGAGAAGAAAUGGGACCAUGAUUUGUUCGAGGAGGCGAACAAGAGUCCGACUAAAGCCAACGAGGAAGAACAGAUUGCAAAAGUCGAAGCCUUAUUGGCUUCUUAA